CAGGGAAAGACUGUGGGACAGUUAGGAUUUGCCUACUCUUAGAAUCGAGGCAGGUUCCUAGUCUCUGCAGUAAAUUGUGGAAAUGCACACAGAGUCUGAACAAACUCUGUUCCAAGCUUCACAGUUCCACCAUAUCUCCCAUUUCAACCCUGAUCAAUCUUUGCUGUUUGUCUGAAGUGCCUGAUGGAAAAUCUCUAAAAUAGGAAAGAAAGAACAAUGGCAGGGAGUCUUACAGUGAGUGGUAUAUGGAUAAAAUUGAAAAAUUAGCUAGACAGAACUGGAUUUAUCCAAUGAAUUGAGGCUCAAGCAGAAACUUUAAACUGUAGCUUCACAUAUCUGAUAAGUCUAUUACAUUUACAAAUUUGUGACUGCUAAUCCAUUUCACAUAACUAUCUACAAUCACCAUCAAAGAAAGCAAAUUAGUCAAAUACAUUAUUUCAGCAUAAGGAGAUGGAUGGUCCAGCAUUAGGCCACCUCCUUCUCUCUCUCUCGGGGAUCUUCCUUCUGUGUCCUCUGGUGGUGAAAACUCAGAAUGACACAGAGCCCAUUGUACUGGAGGGGAAGUGCUUGGUAGUGUGUGACUCCACUCCAGCUGCAGAACCAGGAGGUAAUGCACUGGGAAUGUCAGUUCGCUCUGGUACAGGGCGCGUUGCCUUUUCUGCCAUCCGCAACACUAACCAUGAACCAUCAGAGAUGAGCAACCGGACAAUGACUAUUUACUUUGAUCAGGUCUUGGUAAACAUUGGCAGCCAUUUUGACCCUGCACGGAGCAUCUUCCUGGCACCUAGAAAAGGGGUGUACAGCUUCAGCUUCCAUGUGGUCAAAGUUUACAAUAGACAGACGAUACAGGUAAGCUUGGUGUUGAAUGGAUGGCCAGUGAUCUCAGCCUUUGCAGGGGACCAGGAUGUGACACGUGAAGCGGCAACCAAUGCAGGACUGGUUACCAUGGAGAGAGGAGACAAGGCCUACCUCAAACUUGAGCGAGGGAACCUGAUGGGUGGCUGGAAAUAUUCAACCUUUUCUGGGUUUCUUGUUUUCCCUUUAUAGAAGGCGUUUUGCAGAACUGUUCACAUACCCUAAUUUCAUUCUUCUGUCUGUUUUGUGCUGGUGAUUUCAACAGCUAUUUGUCAUCAUUAUAUUCCUAUGAUUUGCAUGGCUACUUGAAUGACAUCUGAAACAGAUCAGAUGAAGACAGUGGAACAAAUGAGCGACAUCCUGAUGUGGGCAUUUUAUUGAGAUCAAAGUGCAAAUGGUUACAGAUGGAUACAUGGCCGCAUACUCAUUUCUAUUUAUUAUCACCAGUGCCAUCUGUUAAUCUGGCAAAACAGGUCAGUAAAGAGCCAAAUAAAAGACCGAUCACUUUGCCAGGAGACUGCAGGUCCCAGUGUAAACCUGGCUAUAAUCAUACAUUAAAAGCAUGGUGUUUGUACUGGCUGUGUAUUUUUUAUUUUUUUUUUUUUAGCAAAUUAUGGGUAAUAUCACAUUUUGCAGAAGCUAAAUGGAAUGCUUAGAUAUGUAUAUAUGUAGAGUAUUGGAUGUCAUCUUGGAAUGUCUUGUUCUAUAAUAAAAUUGCUUGUUAGAACA